AUGGAAUUUCCUGUGGAAGGUAAUUACACACCAAACUCCAACGAGUCGGAGUGUUCUAUAAGCAUUCCGGGUAUCGCUUGCAAUAAAGAAAGUCCCAGGUCUUUUAGACAGACACCCAGAAUUACUUCGCCCAGAGAUAGUCAUGUUCAGGCAUUCAGUGCCAAGAGAACAAGCGACACAUCCAAACCAACAGAGGAAUUGCCCUCCGUAGAGGCCAUCAUGGAGCGCGUGUGCAGCCAGAUGUGCAAUGACCUAAGAAGGAGCGGAGUACUUAAAGAUGAGGUUGUAGACACCGUGACCGCACGUGUAUACAGUGAGAUCUCAAGCCGCUGUUUCCGAAGGAGUACCGAUCAAGAUGGAACAGCUUCAGCUAGUGGCAGAUCGUCUGCCAAUAACGGAUCAAGAGUCGGACAGAACAAUGGCGGUAAAUCAUCUAAUGGUGACAGAGCUUCUGCCGUAUCUGGAGCAUAUACAGAGCGUUCUGUCUCCAAACUAGCUAGUUCUCUCAACAUAAGAAAGGAGGAGAGCAGAAACUCAAGCAAGAGUAACCGUGUGAGAAGUUCUGCUAGCAACCAAUCAAGAAUUGAAGAGAACGAUGGCCGUAGCCCAGCUGAUGGCGACCGGCUUUCUGUCGUAUCUGCAGCAACCCUUGAGCGUUCAAGCGUCAAAUCAUCAAAGUCCCCAGACGAAAGGAAUGAAAGAUCAUCCCAAGAAAUCGGAAACUCAAGAAAGCGCAGCAGUGCGAGAUCUCAUGCAAGAAGCGCCCGAUCAGAGAUUGGGUCCGACUCAAGAUCAUCCAGUCUGGUGUCGGGAGAUUUGACACGGAGUGGAACACCAGCACGCGGACAGCGUGGUACAUCAGCCAACAGUGUCAGUUCUAGAGGACGCGUUCUAGGAUUCAGCGGGAACAAAAGUACAGGUACUCCAUCGCCCUUUAUCAGACAAACCUCCUCACCUUCUACACAGAGCAUCCUGUUUACCCCAAGAUCUACUGAGAGCAGGAAUUAUGAAAAUGUCCAAGACCGUCCAAAAUCCAAACAGUCUGGUUCAAAGCAGGAUAUUAAGACUGUACUGCUGGACCAAUCAAGGCUACAAAACAAUGCGUCAUCCACUAAUAUUGGAAAAGAGUGUGCCACUAGUCGAAGCAAUGCAAGCCAUAUACCUGUCAGAACCAGAACGACACGCGUCAAGGAUGUUGUACAAGUCACACGCAAUGAGGACAAAAUCAGACAAGCUUCCUCGCCUAUCAUCAUGUACAGUAAAAUGAAUUCUCCAAGCAAGCAUUUCAGUGAUGAAGUAAACAAACGCAAAUCAGACAAUGAACUUGCUUCAGAAACGUCAAGCUCAUCCCAGACUUCAAUGAGAGGUUCAUCUGGUCGAUCCAGCAAAAUACCUAUAAGAAGCAUCACACCAAAAGUCACAGAGCCUGCGACUGAUAAAGCAAUGGGUAAUGUAAAGAAAAUAUCCAAGGAGAAAUCUGUAGCUCAAGCUCGCAUAGAAAACAAGGUACCAAAUGGAAUCGCUAACAAAGACAAAAAGAAAGCAAGACUUAUAUCUCCCAAAACCAGGGAAAAGGAAGAAGAAAAUACUCAGAUGAAUGCUCUGGAGAGAAGAAAGGCUUACGAAGCAAAACGCAAACUCGAACGGAAAGGAGCUCUCGCUGCCAAGUCUACAAAGAAAACUGAAAUAGCUACUAAAAAGCAAAUCAGCAAAAUACAAAACAAGGAUGAAUUCAAGAAUAUAGCACUAACAGAACCCAUUGUCAGCACCAAAGUCCACAUCACCGAGAAAAUACCUUGUCACAAUGAAGACAAGUUCAUGUAUGAAGAUGAUUUCGAACCGAUGGAGGAAGAAGACACAAAUGAGAAUCUCAAGUCGGAUGCCGAUAAUGAGAUCCUUCCUUUUGCUCCGGUGUCGAAGAUUGAGAUAGUGUUUUCCAACCACGAUGUCAAACAAGCAUCGUCCGUCACACAUGCUUCCGAGAGAAACCCUGACAAUAUUCCCCACGCUCGGCAUGUUGACAUGGGACAUGAAGGAGUUGCAGCAGACUGUGGGCGAGCUAAUCCUAGCAGCACGCAUUCAGAUGUAGAUUUUGGCUAUCUUGGUCAAACUACUACCUCCAAUGUUUUGGUUCAGAGUCAGUCAGGCUACGACCGGGGGUACUGUCCCAAGCACAUGCACCCUAGCAUUGCACACGUCUAUGAUAACUUGGACAAUAUUCCCACAUACAAAAAAAUGAAAGAGAAAAAUAGAAGAAAGGCCGGGAAGAUAUUUUCUUAUGCUGAUGAAAACGAGCACGUUCGAAGUAAGCCGUUCAACGCUAAAAAGAAAACCACGGUGGGUUACGUUCCCGGAUAUGGUGCUGUCCGUGUGAUGAAGGAAGACAGCAGGCAAACGUACCCAGAAGGCAUAAAACGCACCUCCAACAAUACGUCAUUUCCUGUGAUCGAGAAUCAGUUAAAUCAUGGCAGGACACAGAGACCGAUUGUAGGGUACGUUCCGGGAUACGGACCAGUUCGAGGACCACCCGUUCAAGUUUUCCCGGAUGUGCCUUCAGAGAGAGUCGCGCUGCCUCCCUUAGAUUUUGGUCAGGCCUGUAACUCAAAUGGUGACGUCAAGAGGAACAAGAAAGGUCGUAACAAGAAGAGAAGCGAUGAUCUGUUGGAGAAUCGCGCUCGAGCGAAACCGUUCAAUACUUAUGUGGACGAGGAAGCCUCACGAAGAUUCGAACGCCAAUAUACUAGGCAUCGAUAA